AUGCCCGCGGCAGCGUCCGGGCCGGGGCCAAGGCGCUCUGCCCGGCUGCGGCGAGCGCCAGCGGAGGCCCGGGAGCAGCGGCAGGAGCAGGCGGGGCAGCAGCGGACCCAAAGCAGUAGUAGCAGCAGCAGCAGCAGCAGCAGCAGCAGCAGCAGCAGCAGCAGCAGCAGCAGCAGCAGCAGUAGUGACGGCGGCGGCAGCGGCGGCGGCGGCCGCGGGCCCCGCGCGCCUUCCGCCGGUGCGCAGCGAGCCCCGCAGCGGCGCAAAGCGCGGCGGCGGCGGGGCGGAGGCAGCAGCGGGUCUGAGUCUGAUUGGGUGAGCAGCAGCGACGAGGGCGGGAGCGGCAGCGACGAGAGCGAGAGCGCAGCUGAGAGCGAGGAGGGCAGCGGUGGCGGCAGCGGGGGCGGCAGGGCGCGGCGACGGGGGCGGGCGGCGGCGCCGCGGCUCCUGCUGCCUGUGAUAGCGCGGCUGCCAGAUCAGCUGGUCCUGGUAGGGCUCAACAGUGGCGGCGGCAAUGGUGGCGGCAAGGGCAGCGGCAGCGAUGGCUGCAAGAGGGGCGAUCUGGGGCCGGGCUGGUGGGCGGCGCUGCCGCGCAAGCUGCCGCCCCUGAGCCGUGGCCCCGGCGUGAUCGGCCAUGGCGGCCGCGGCAGCGCGUGGCGGCCGUGGCCUGGCGCGGCCGCGCGGCCGGGGCGACCGCUGCGCGCGGCGCGGCGCACGGCCGGUGCUGGCAUCCUGACGGGGCUCCCGGACUGCGCGCGCGAGGUGCUGGCCGCGGCGCAGGCGCUGGGCGUGAGCGACGCCGCCGUGCUGCGGGCCGCAGAGCGGCUUUCGACCCUGCUUCGGCCCGCUGGCGGCGGCUGA